AUGUCUUAUAGACAGCUACGUAAAUUAAAAAAAACACUACAGAGCACUUUAGUGUGCGAAAACACUAAAGACUCGGUCUCAUCUAACGAAGACAACGUUAAACCUCGAAAAUUUUUUUUUGCUCGAGCGACAUGUCUCUCAUCGUCCAGCAGUAAACUUUCAGAAGAUGAUUAUGCAAUCAAAAGUCUUGAUGAAAAAUGGGCGAGUGUUUUUUCAAAAAAAAACAUCGCUGAAUCUCAUGCUAUCCAACGUGAGUAUAAAGAAGAAUCAGAUUCAGACGCACUAAACAAGUUUCUUUUGUCUACCAAUCAAAGAUAUGCUAAAGCCAACUGUAAUGCAAAGCCCAACAUCAUGCAGAGACAUGAAGAAAUUUUAAAAAUAAAACCAUAUUUACGAGAAUUGCUAGCGCAAAAUUUGUCUUUAGUGAACAGAACAUCUGCCUCAACGAAUGAAAUUAUUCCGCCUAUCGCUCGAAAAAAUCGUGUGCGAACACUAUUCAUGAAGCGGUUCUUGUUGCUUCCAGAAGCGAAAGAAUUAAAUUGGCCUUUCUUGAUUCCGGAAGCACAACGCGUGACAUGUGUUACUAUAAAACAUAAUAACGAUCAAACUUUCUUUAACUUCAUUGAAGCUCCCAUUAGAACUACUGUUUUCACCAAGUUACAACAUUACAUGAAAAGAAAUCUGUACGAAACGUGUAUAUUGAAAUUACUUGAAAUCCACCCUUUUCAUAUGGAGUUGAAUCUUUUAUAUUGCCAAAUGCUUAUUGAUCAGAAUAAAAUCGAAGAAGCUUUCACAUUUUGUCGUCGUUCUGUUCAUGCACUUCAAUGCUCUUUUCCCUCUGAAUUCUCUCCUUCGUUUUUCUAUUCUAAUAAUGAACCACCUUGGCCUCAAGUUCAGAUGAUCGAUAAAUCAAGCUCAUCCCUUUUACUAGUCUACUGUAUCCUUUUCACGUACAGUCGUUUUCUAAUGAAUGCAUCGCGUUAUCUAGAAGCUUUACAAGUUUUAAAACUCCUUGUGCUACUCGUACCUCGUCAGGAUAUUUUUUUAACAUUUUUAUAUAUUGAUGAAUGCUUUGUCUAUUUAAGAUCUUAUAAACGACUUGAAAAUUUUUGUUCAAGUUAUUUUAAUCAUACUAUUACGAUUGAUGGGAAGAAACAGAAAGAGAACGGGAUGCUUUACUAUCCGAAUUUGUAUUUUUCAGAUUGUCUUUUACAAUUAAUGACAUUAUUACCAUCUAUCAAUUCUUCCCUUCCUCUAGCAAACACCGUCAUAACGACUUCAUCAAUUUGUAGUUUUCAAAUACAGUUCACUAAUUUAUACAAUUAUACUCUUUUUAUGAUGCUGCGUGGUUUGCUGCUUUUUCCUUAUUUCGUUCGUUUUCUCAUUUAUGUCCUUCAACUGGAUAUUAACACGCGGCCAACUGAGUCCACAUGUAAUGUUGCGUGGAAAGAAUUGCUGAAAUGUGACGUUUUCAAAUGUUUUUGGAAGAAAACAUAUCAAAGAAGAAAUCACGAUGCUACAAGACGCUUCUUAAUAGAAACAACAAAAUUAUCAUUAACAAAAUUCAAGGACAAAUGGAAGCAACCGAAAAUCCUGGCAUUUAUUCAUCAAACGGUGUAUUGCCUUGUUAAUCUAGUGAAUACAAAAGCAUUACGAAACGAUACUAUUCAAACAUUCCGAAGGCAGUGGUGCUCCUUAGUAAGAGUGUUUCAUAACGAUUGCAAGACAUUUCAAUAUUAUUCACAUUUUCGCUAUGAAACAACACCACAACUGCCUUGCUUUUUUAUGAAAAAAAUAUGUAAAAAAAUCAACGUGGCAGAUCCCACUAAAAUAGGAUUGUCUUUGAAGUAUCAACCUCCAUUGUGUUGGAUUUCCCCUUUUUCAAAUACUUUUCUAACUUUCUUCAUAACACUACACCCUGGAUUUGAAAUGGAUUUUCAAGAUUUGGGAACCAAAAUUGGUUUUGACAGCAUGCUCUUCUAUUUUAAAUCAUUUUUAACAAAUUUAUUUGUUAAUUUUUAACACAUUUAAACCAUGUGGUGUGUUGUAGUUAACAAACUGUUUUUAACUUCUGGCUGUAAAACAUAGUUUUAGCAUGAGUUUAAAAUAUUAAUUUUUUAGUAAGAUUUUUAACAUCUUUAUUAAGAGAUGUUUUAGUCAAAAUGAAAUCUACAUGUGAUAGACGCGUUCAAAUACUCUUAAUAUGUUUAAUUCUUA